CGGUCCGCGCCUCCGCCUGUUUUUAUAGCGGUUGCGGGCGGCGGCGGCGGCGGCGGUGGCGGCUGCGGGGCCGGGGAAGAGGAGAGAUCAUGGCGGCUGCGCUGUUCGUGCUGCUGGGAUUCGCGCUGCUGGGCGCCCACGGAGCCUCCGGGGCUGCCGGCUUCGUGCAGGCGCCGCUGUCCCAGCAGAGGUGGGUAGGGGGCAGUGUGGAGCUACACUGCGAGGCCGUGGGCAGCCCGGUGCCCGAGAUCCAGUGGUGGUUUGAAGGGCAGGGUCCCAACGACACCUGCUCCCAGCUCUGGGACGGCGCCCGGCUGGACCGCGUCCACAUCCACGCCACCUACCACCAGCACGCGGCCAGCACCAUCUCCAUCGACAUGCUCGCGGAGGAGGACACGGGCACUUAUGAGUGCCGGGCCAGCAACGACCCGGACCGCAACCACCUGGCCCGGGCGCCCACGGUCAAGUGGGUCCGCGCCCAGGCAGUCGUGCUAGUCCUGGAACCCGGCACAGUCUUCACUUCCGUAGAGAACACUGGCGCCAAGACACUCCUCACCUGCUUCUUGAAUGACAGCGCCACAGAGGUCACCGGGCACCGCUGGCUGAAAGGGGACGUGGUGCUGAAGGAGGACACGCUGCCCGACCAGAAAACGGACUUCGAGGUGGACCCGGACAACCGCUGGGGAGAGUACUCCUGCGUCUUCCUCCCCGAGCCCACACGCAGGGCCGACAUCCAGCUCACGCAGCUCCACGGUCCUCCCAGAGUGAAGGCUGUGAAGUCGUCAGAACACAUCAACGAGGGGGAGACGGCCGUGCUGGCCUGCAAGUCGGAGUCCAUGCCCCCCGUCACCGACUGGGUCUGGCACAAGAUCACUGACUCUGGGGACCAGCUCAUUGGGAACCAGAGCAGGUUCUUCGUGAGUUCCUCGCAGGGCCGGUCAGAGCUACACAUUGAGAACCUGAACAUGGAGGCCGACCCCGGCCAGUACAGGUGCAACGGCACCAGCUCUGAGGGCACCGACCAGGCCGUCAUCACGCUCCGCGUGCGCAGCCACCUGGCCGCCCUCUGGCCCUUCCUGGGCAUCGUGGCUGAGGUGCUGGUGCUGGUCACCAUCAUCUUCAUCUAUGAGAAGCGUCGGAAGCCCGAGGACGUCCUGGAUGAUGACGACGCCGGCUCUGCACCCCUGAAGAGCAGUGGGCAGCACCAGAACGACAAAGGCAAGAACGUCCGCCAGAGGAACUCCUCCUAGCCAGGUGGCCGGAGGAUGCUCCCUGCUCCCGCGUCUGCUCCUCCGCUGGAGUCCACUCCCAGUGCUUGCAAGAUUCCAUGUUCUCGCCUCUGAAAGAAAACCCGCCCCGUAGAUUCCCAUCAUACGCUUUCUUCUUUUUUAAAAAAGUUGGGUUUUCUCCAUUCAGGAUUCUGUUCCUUAGGUUUUUUCCUUCCGAAGUGUUUCACCAGAGCUCGGGAGCUGCUGCGCUGCGGCCCCGUCUGUGGCUUUCUGCCUCUGGGUCUGAGUCAUGGCGGGGUGGGCGGCGCAGCCUUCUCCACUGGCCGGAGUCAGUGCCAGGUCCCUGCCCUUUGCGGAAGGUCACAGGUCACACGAGGGGCCCAGCAUCCUGCCUGUCUGAAGCCAAUGCUGUCUGGUUGCGCCAUUUUUGCGCUUUUAUGUUUAAUUUUAUGAAGGCCACAGGUCUGUGUUUGACUCAGCCUCAGGGACGACUCUGACCUCUUGGCCACAGAGGACUCACCUGCCCACACUGAGGGCGACCCCGUCACGGCCUCAAGUAACUCCCAAGCCCCCUCCUCGUCUGUGCAUCCGGGGGCAGCUCUGGAGGAGGUUUGCUGGGGAACUGGCGCCGUCGCCGGGACUCCAGAACCGCAGAAGCCCUCCCCAGCUCACCCCUGGAGGAUGGCUGGCUCUCCACAGCACCAGGGCUCACGUGGGAACCCCUCUCCCACCCACCGCCACAAUAAAGAUCACCCCUACCCCCACCCUC